UAAGUAAGUACAGAAUUUAUUAUUCAUUAUGAUUAAUUUUAAGAUUUUGCUUAUCGUUUUGACGUUUAUGUUGACAACUAAUAUUAGAAAAAAUUUAUUCUGCAAAAAAGUAUAAUAACUUAAUAUAAUUAUAGUAUAAUACUUCUUAAAUAUUGACUUAUGCAUUUAUUGCACCUAAAUAAUUAAUUAAUUAACAGCGUAAACGUAAAAUUUUGAGGUUACUCUUUUUUAAAUGCAUUACUUUUUUUCGAAUCCUGAGAGAACUAAUAAGUGUAUUUGAAACUUUUAAACGCAGAAUGAAAGACUACAUUAUUAUCGAGGGUCAAAAGUCCUGAACAUUUCUGUUUAUUUUAAUCAGUUAAAGGGAUGAAAGAAAGAGAAAAUUUAUUGUGAUUUUUAAUUUUAAUUUCAUAAAUAUCCCAUCAAAAGAAACUUUUUGUUUAUUUUAAGGAACUUUCGGCCCUGGCAAAUAAUGUAAUAUUUCAUUCUGCGUUUAAAUUUUUCAAAAAAACUUAUUCUCUCAGAAUUCGAAAAAAAUGAAUGCAUCUUAAAGGCAGUGGGCCGAUAUUUUGCGCCUAUGCUCUUAAAGAUCAUCUAUAUAUAUAUAUAUAUAUAUAUUAAUUUUUCAUUUAAUUAUUUCUUUACGUAUUUUUCUAGUUUUGGAAAAAUGAGUAUAUCAAUUAAACAGUUUACCGGGUUUAAAUCAAUUCAUCAUUCAAUAGAAUUUCAACCUGAAACUCCCAAAAAAGGAAAAAAUUUAGUAGAUGCAGGGCAUGUAAGAAAUGUGUUUGAGUUUGAAAAUUGCAUUGAAGCAUCUGUUAUCCGGCAAGCAUCAAUUUCACAAACACCUUACAAUACUAAGCUAUGGAUUAAUGACAAAAGAAACAUUGAUAAAGUUUCGUGUACCUGUGUUUAUGGUCAAAGUUCAAAGUGCAAACAUGUUGCUGCUGUGAUUUAUUUUAUCAAUAAUGACCAAAGUAUAACCAAAACUAGUGAAGAAAAGGAGUGGGGAGUCCCAAGUGCACGACUCUUUGCUACAGAAAAAUAUUCUAAAGGAAGAAGUUGUGAGCAAAUGUUUAUGUGUAAGAACAAAUGUUUUGAAGAACCUAUUUCAUUAAAACCACCUGUCAAGAGUUCUCAAUUGAAGGCACAUUCUGUCUUGAGAUCAACAUUAUUAAAAGCAGAACAAGAUAAGUGUGAAGUAGCAGUUGCGUUAGUAAUGGAAAACCUGUUAAAUCAAGUGGAAGAAAAUGUACUUUACAACGAAGCCCGAGGUCCUAUUUCAGAUAUUUUAAAAGUGUUUUUUAAUUCAAUAGAAGGACAAGAUGUGUAUGUUACAAACUAUGAUCUUGAUGAUAAUUUGAAAAAAAUUUAUGAUGAAAAAAUUUUCAAGACUGAUAACCAAAUUGUAAAUGUGUGCUGUGAAACAAUUAAACAAUCUACUUGUCCAACCUGGUUCAAUGAAAGACGGCUUAGAUUAACUGCAAGUAAAGAUGUUCAUAGUAUUAAAACUCGAAGAACGAAAACUGUGGAGUCAUUAGUUAAGGAUUUAUUAAAACCAAAUAAUUUUAGUGUAGCGUCAACUAGAUACGGUCAAGUUAAUGAGCCAAUAGCAAGAAAAAUAUACGAAAAGUGUUUUAAAUGUGAAAUCAAAUGUGUAGGUUUAAUUAUUUCAAAAAAAAAAUCCAUGGUUAGGUGUUAGUUUAGAUGGUGUUGCUGUAAAAGAUGGCAUAGUAAUUAAAAUUGUUGAAAUAAAGUGUCCAAGUACUUGUGAAAAAGUAUGUAUAAUUGAUAUAAAAAAUAAAAAAAGUAAUCUUAAAUAUUUAAUUUUUGAAGGUAAUAAAGUUGUAUUACGUAAAAGUCAUGAAUACUACACUCAAAUUCAAGUGCAAAUGUAUGCUACAGGAAUGAACGAGUGUGACUUAUUUGUUUAUUCUCCAAUGGGCAACGUAGUGGUUAAUGUAAA